GACUUUCUGGUUUUUGUCUUUUGUAGUUGUUUGUUGUUGUUGACCCGCCCGUUACAAUCUUUUGUGUUUUUUGACGAUUGCCGUCGCAAUCUCUUUGAGUUGUUGUUGUUGUUUCUCUUGAUUCCGCCAUGGAUUGUGCUUCUCUUCCUUGCCUUUACUCAGUGCAUUUGCCAUAUCUCAUGUAGAAUUCCAGGUUAUUUGAGGACUUCGCGGUCGUUUGACCGCCCCUUGGCGGACACUUUGAGUUGGACGACGUUGCUUGCAAGCUCUGAUCAUCGGGAUAGCAAUUUGUGUGGCUCUGCAAGGACGUACUGGUGUAGGUGCAAUGUUGACCGGGCACCAUAAAGUUGAUUUGGAUCGUGACUUUUCCCGAGAAUCUGAUCGGUGCGGACUUCGAAGCUUUGAAAGGAAUUCAACCAAAACUAAGAUGAAGCCUCCGAGCCGCACACGUUGCGGCUUGGUUUAUUUGCUCUUCAUACUCUCACUUGCACUAGCACCAUCGAUUGCUAAGAAGGCAAGAAUUGAUGGGCCUAUCAAAGUGGUUGUGGUGAUGGUUAUGGAGAAUCGUUCCUUUGAUCAUAUGCUGGGUUGGCUCAAGACUUUGAACCCAGAAAUUGAUGGUUUAACUGGCAAGGAGUGCAAUCCCAAAAAUACAUCCAAUCCUGAUUCGGAGUUGGUAUGUGUUUCAAAUAUCGCUGAAUUUGUAGAUCCUGACCCCGGACACUCGUUUCAAGCAAUUCGGGAGCAGAUAUUUGGGAAGAAUGAGACAUCUGCGAUUCCCCCACCCAUGAACGGUUUUGCUCAACAAGCAGAGAGCAUGGCAAAGGGUUUCUCUAAAACAGUCAUGAGUGGCUUCAGGCCAGAAGUUGUCCCCGCAUACAAAGCGCUGGCUGCGGAGUAUGCAGUCUUUGACCGUUGGUUUGCGUCCGCCCCUACAUCCACUCAGCCCAACAGGUUUUAUGUGCACUCGGCCACUUCAUAUGGAGCCAUGAGUAACGUGAGAGAAGAGUUAAUAGAAGGGUUUCCCCAGAAAACAAUCUUUGAAUCGAUUGUGAAUGCUGGUCAUACUGUUGGUAUCUACUACCAAAAUCUUCCUGCGACUUUAUUUUUUCGGAACUUACGAAAAUUGAAGUUCGUGAACAAGUUCCACGAUUAUACCCUCAAGUUCAGGAACCAUGCAAGGCGGGGGGUUCUACCCAACUAUGUGGUAGUGGAACAAAGAUACUUUGACACGAAGGUGCUUCCAGCAAAUGAUGACCAUCCUUCUCAUGAUGUAUCUGAGGGCCAAGGUUUCGUGAAAGAAGUUUAUGAAAUCUUACGUGCUAGUCCACAAUGGAAUGAGAUGCUUUUUAUUAUUACAUAUGAUGAGCAUGGUGGUUUUUAUGACCAUGUGCCCACUCCAGUGACUAACGUUCCAAAUCCUGAUGGAUUAAUUGGUCCUCCGCCGGAAUACUUCAACUUCAGGAGGCUUGGAGUGCGAGUCCCUACUCUGAUGAUAUCUCCUUGGAUCAAUAAGGGUGUCGUGGUACAUGGACCGCAUGGUCCUACUGCCGAUUCACAAUAUGAGCAUUCGUCAAUUCCGGCAACAGUGAGAAAGAUAUUCAAUCUUCCGGAUGAUUUUUUAACUGCGCGGGAUGAAUGGGCAGGAACAUUUGAGCAUGUUUUUGCUCAACGCAAGUCGCCAAGAAUUGAUUGCCCUAAGCAAAUACCGAGUCCGCCAUGGUCAUUACGACACUCACCACCAAAUGAAAGUGCUCCAUUGACGGAGUUCCAGGAAGAGCUGAUCCAGUUGGCAUCUCAAUUAAACGGUGAUCACCAGCAUCCCGAGUAUCCUCAUCUCGGAAAGCGAAUGAAUGUGGGACAGGCCUACGAAUAUGCUACAAAGGCUGUGGCUAAAUUUAUAGAAACUGGAAAGGCGGCUCUGAAAGCUGGGGCAGAUCCAGAGACAGUGAUCAUGGUGUCACCAGGUGUAAUUGAAAUGACAGAGGAUUCGGACAACCAUCACGAGAGUUUAUGAUCUUCUUUCACAUGAGUCAGAGACCCUCAGCAACUCAACUGUAACUUACACAAUACAGCUGGGAAUGAAGGGUGUGUUUAGCAGUUACUAACUUCAAGCUGGGAGGAAGUUGAGAGGCGUUUCAAAGGGAUGUUUGAAUUUCGGUCCAGUGAUUUACCUAACGCCAGGAUUAGUGGGGGGUGGGUUGUACAUCACUUGUGACGUAAGUGCUGAAGGUCCUUUGUCUCCUAAGGGCCAAAAUAUUUACAAUUUCAUAACAUUGAGAAUUUAGAUACGUAAGACUUUUGUGAGGUGGAAUUUUUCCUACACACUUGGCCAAGAUAUGUAUACAUCGAUAUUACGUGUUAAGGUUUAGAUACACAGAAUGUUUACAAGGUAAAACUUUUAACUGUGUAGGUUACAUUUAUUUUUAUCCUCAAUUAUACUAUUUAUGUAAUAAUGUAAUAUAUUUCUAUUUUAUUUAAUGUAAACAAUAGUACAUCUUCAAA